GCUAGGGCAGGAGUCAGGGAGAUUGUUCUGGACAGGCCCGGGACAGCAUAUCAACAAGUUUAGUGUAUUGUUUCCUUUGACCAUAGGACGUGAAGGGGGAAGACAGAUACUUAUUCCACACUCUGAACAGCAGCGUCAGAGGUGAAAGAUUCAUCUUGUGGCCUCAGUUUAAAAACUCUCUUUCAUGGCACCGCCACGGCAGACCAAGCCUUUAGCACAGGCCAAGCUCCGGAAAAAGAGCCACCUAAUGCUGGUGUUUUACUGGAAAAAGAACAGGCAAGGGAAGAAACUGCCCUCUUCUCCCUUGGAGUCUUCCACAUCGUCACCUUCUCCUAGUCCCACUGAGACCACUGCCUCUAGCAGCAGCACCCAACUCAAUGUGCCUGGUGAAUCUAAGCUGACAGCACCCCGCAAGAAGAAAGGCAGCCCAGCUUCGUCCAGCUGGCCUGACCCAGAGGACGGAGCUCUGUCUGGCCUCCUGGGGGGAGCCCCAUUUGUUGUGGCUGAGAACAGGUUCAAGAGGAAAGACUGCCCAGUCUGCCAAGACUCCAUGGGCAAGAAGAAGAGGGACUCGGGUUCAGCAGCCAGGGUUAAGAAGAAAGUACAACCUUCAAAUUGUCCACUCAAUACAGAAGAACUGGGGCGAAACACAUGGGCUUUCCUUCACACCAUGGCAGCAUAUUACCCAGAUCAUCCCAGCAACACCCAGCAACAUGAGAUGGCUCAGUUCAUGGAUUUAUUGAGCAAGUUUUAUCCUUGUGUAAAGUGUGCAAAAAAUCUAAGGAAAAGCUUAAGCAUAAAAAAGCCGGACACCAGCAACAGGAAGAAACUAUCCCAGUGGAUGUGCCUGCUUCAUAAUGAUGUGAACAAGAUGUUGGGCAAACCAGAGUUUGACUGCUCCCAGAUGGAUGAACGCUGGCGAGAGGGAUGGAAGGAUGGUUCUUGUGUCUAGUUU